GAAAGAAGGAACGGAGCCUUAAAAUUUCUCCUGAAAGUCGAGCGCGAAAUAUGAGAGAAGGCCACCGCUGCUAGUUCUCUCUCUCGAUCGAUUUCGUCGUGGAGGUCUCGUUCUCACUCAAACACGCAGUGGUUCACUUGGUGCAAUCGGGGACUAGAGCAGAUCAGAUCAGAUGGCCAUGGAGUGGUUGACUCUCCAGCACCUGGAUCUGCGUCAUAUACAUCGUGGCCUCAAACCCUUGCAGCCUCAUUUCGCUGCUUUUCAUCCAAAUCAGGCCAUUUUGGCUGUAGCCAUUGGAAGCUACAUAGCUGAAUUUGAUGCACUUACUGGAGGCAAGAUUUCUUCUAUAGACAUGGGUUCACCUGUUGUACGGAUGUCCUACAGUCCCAUCAGUGGUCAUAUCGUGAUUGCAAUUCUUGAGGACUGUACUAUCAGAUCAUGUGAUUUUGAUACUGAGCAGACAUUUGUGCUACAUUCUCCUGAAAAGAGGACGGAGCAAAUAACUGCUGAUACUGAAGUUCAUAUGACUUUGACUCCCCUCCAGCCUCUUGUGUUUUUUGGUUUUCACAGGAGGAUGAGUGUGACAGUUGUUGGUACUGUAGAAGGAGGAAGGGCUCCCAUGAAAAUUAAAACUGAUCUUAAGAAGCCUAUUGUGAACCUUGCUUGCCAUCCCCGUCUACCUGUCCUGUAUGUGGCUUAUGCAGAUGGUUUGAUUCGAGCUUACAAUAUACAGACAUAUGCUGUUCAGUAUACAUUACAGUUGGAAAAUUCAAUUAAGUUGAUUGGAGCUGGUGCAUUUGCUUUCCAUCCCACCUUGGAGUGGAUAUUUAUUGGUGAUAGACGGGGUACACUUCUGGCCUGGGAUGUGUCAACAGAGAGACCAAACAUGAUAGGGAUAACACAGGCUGGAUCACAUCCAAUAAUUGCUACUGCAUGGCAUCCUAUGCUGCGCUUGCUUCUCACUCUUUCAAAGGAUGGCUCUCUCCAAGUGUGGAGAACUCGUGUGAUAAUCAAUCCGAAUAGGCAGCCAAUGCAAGCAAAUUUUUUUGAACGUGCAGGAAUUGAACCAAUCGAUAUCACACGGAUACUUUCUCAGCAAGGAGGGGAGGCUGUUUAUCCUUUGCCGAGAAUAAAAAAUCUAACAGUUCAUCCAAAAUUAAAUUUAGCAAUGAUUCUAUUUGCAAGCUCUGCAAGUGGAGACAGUUUGAGGAACAGGGCUGCGUCUUUUACUAGGGAAGGAAGGAAACAACUUUUUGCUGUUCUACAAAGUGCUAGAGGAUCCACAGCUGCGGCACUCAAGGAAAAGCUUUCAUCAUUAGGCUCAUCUGGAAUUCUGGCUGAUCAUCAACUCCAAACGCAGUUGCAAGAACAACACUUGAAGGGUCAAAACCAAUUCACAAUAUCAGAUAUUGCAAGGAAAGCAUUUCUUCACAGUCAUUUCAUGGAAGGGCAUGCAAAAGGUGGUCCAAUCUCUCGCUUACCACUCAUCACUAUCAGAGACACUAACCAUCUUCUGAGAGAUUUCCCUGUUUGUCAGCCAUUUCAUUUGGAACUGAAUUUCUUUAACAAGGAGAAUCGUAUUCUGCAUUAUCCUGUUCGGGCAUUUUACAUGGAUGGAAUCAACCUUAUGGCGUAUAAUCUCUGCUCUGGAGUGGACACUAUUUACAAGAAGCUUUAUGCUACCGUUCCUACAAAUGCCGAGAUCUAUCCAAAACACAUGGUUUACAGCUCAACACAACAUCUAUUUAUGAUUGUUUUUGAGUUAGGUGGUGCUACACAUGAAGUUGUACUCUAUUGGGAACAGAUGGAUUUCCAGUCGGCUAGUAGUAAAGGAGUAUCAGUUAAAGGCCGAGAUGCGGCAUUUGUUGGCCCUAAAGAGAAUAAGUAUGCUAUCUUGGAUGAUGACAAAACCAGCCUAGCUCUGUAUUCUCUGCAAAAUGAUGCUACAGCUCCACAAGAAGUGAAAGGAAGCAAUGGGGCACUGGAUCCAGAUUCAUUUAGUGAGAAUAAUGUCCAAUCGGAUCGGGGUCCUCUGCAAUUCACGUUCGAUAGUGAAGUUGAUCGUAUCUUUUCUUCGCCGUUGGAAUUAACUGUAUUGUUUGCUUGCCAUGGGAGUCACAUUGGGCUUGCUAGGCUGCUUCAAUCAUAUCGACUUUCAACUCAGGAUGACCAAUAUAUAAAAACAAAACCUGAAGGGAAGAGGAUAAUCAUUCUAAAGGCAAAUGAAACCAUACUUCAGGUUCAUUGGCAAGAAACUCUAAGAGGUCAUGUUGCCGGGAUAAUGACAACACACAGGGUAUUGAUUGUUUCUGUGGAACUGGAGAUAAUGUCUACCACUUCUGGUUGCUUUGAUAAAGGCUUCCCUUCAUAUAGAUCCCUUUUGUGGGUUGGACCAGCCCUCCUCUUUUCAACAGCAACUUCAAUAGGAAUACUUGGAUGGGAUAGUAGAGUUAGUAAUGUUCUCUCAGUUAGCAUGCCCAAUUCUGUGCUGGUUGGUGCUUUGAAUGAUCGUGUACUUCUUGCAAACGCUACUGAUAUCAAUCCCAAGCAAAAGAAAGGGGUUGAAAUUAAGAGCUGUCUUGUGGGACUUCUUGAACCCCUGCUUAUUGGUUUCGCUACCAUGCAACAAAAUUUUGAGCAGAAACUUGAUCUUUCUGAAAUUCUGUACCAAUUGACCUCCAGGUUUGAUAGCUUGCGCAUUACACCAAGGUCGCUUGAUAUUCUUGCCAAAGGAUCUUCAGUUUGUGGUGACCUUGCAGUAGCAUUAGCCCAAGCUGGUCCCCAGUUUACUCAGGUACUGCGGUGCAUUUAUGCAAUCAAAGCCCUCCGAUUUCCUACAGCGCUUUCAGUUUUGAAGGAUGAGUUCCUUCGAUCAAGAGACUAUCCACAGUGUCCUCCCACUUCUCAUUUGUUCCAUCGUUUUCGACAAUUGGGCUAUGCCUGUAUUAAAUUUGGUCAAUUUGAUAUUGCAAAGGAAACCUUUGAAGUUAUUGCAGACUUUGAGAGCAUGCUCGAUUUGUUUAUAUGCCACCUCAACCCAAGUGCCAUGCGUCGUCUUGCACAGAAAUUGGAAGAUUCUGGUGGAGAUCCAGGGCUUAGGAGAUAUCUUGAAAGGAUAUUAAGGAUUCGGUCCACAGGAUGGACACAGGGUAUUUUUGCCAACUUUGCAGCGGAAAGCAUGGUUCCUAAAGGGCCUGAAUGGGGAGGAGGAAACUGGGAAAUUAAGAGAGCUGUUGAUACAAAGGAUAUACCACAGUGGGAGCUAGCAGGAGAGGUGAUGCCAUACAUGAAAACCAACGACGGAAGUAUUCCUUCGAUUAUCACUGACCAUAUUGGGGUUUACUUGGGAAUACUUAAAGGUAGGGGCAAUGUAAUCGAAGUGAAAGAAGGCAGUUUGGUUAAGGCCUUCACUGCAAUGAAUGGUGAGAGCAAAGCAGAGAGCACACACACAACCCUAGCAAAAUCACUAUCUAACCAGUCCAAGGAUAGAGCUGACACUGAUGCAAAGUCAGAAUCAGUCACCGUGACGGAAACAUUUACUAGAUCCUUAGGAGGUGCAGCAGCUGCAAAUGAGCAGGCAAAGGCACAGGAGGAUUUCAAGAAGCCUCUAUAUGGAGUUGAGGGUAGUAGCAGUGAUGAGGAAGAAGGAACAAUGAAAACAAAGAAGAUACACAUACGGAUACGUGACAAGCCUGUUGCAGCAGCUACAGUUGAUGUUAAUAAGAUCAAAGAAGCCACAAGGCAGUUCAAACUUGGUGAUGGAUUGGGCCCUCCAAUGGCUAGAGCUAAAUCGUCAUCUGGAGGCUCCCAAGAUCUUGAGUUGGCUUGGUCUCAGCUUGAUUCUGUUACUACCGUGGCUCCUCCCUCUUCUGCUGCUACGGCGUCAGUUUCUGUUCCAGCAUCUGCUGUUGAAACAGCUUCAAUGGUAAUGGGUAUGGGAGUAUCAUCCGCGGGACCUAUUCCAGAGGACUUCUUUCAGAAUACUGUAUCGUCUUUCCAGAUUGCAGCUUCCUUGCCAUCUCCGGUGGCAUACAUACAGAGCUUAGACCAAAUGUCUCGAGGAGUUGAUGGCAAUGUGCCGGUGUCCUUGACUCAACAGCAGGAACAUACAACUGGUGCGUUUGGUCUUCCUGAUGGCGGGGUGCCCCCUCUCCCUCAGGCUCAGUCCCCAACUAUGGCUCCUUUGGAGUUGACAGGACUACCAGAUGGUGGGGUCCCCCCCCAGUCUCAGACUCCAACUGCUGCUCAAGUUAGAAGCAUGGUGCCCUCACCACCAGCCUUUGAUCUUGCUGUUCUUGAAACUCCUGGCACUAGCCAAGGUGUGGUGAAAAGGCCUCCUUCACCACCAAAAGCUGUACGGCCUGGCCAAGUACCUCGUGGGGCUGCUGCUGCGAUAUGCUUUAAAACAGGGGUUGCCCACUUGGAGCAGAAUCAACUUUCGGAUGCUCUUUCUUGUUUGGAUGAGGCUUUUCUUGCGCUGGCCAAGGACCAGUCACGUGGGACUGAUAUAAAAGCUCAAGCAACCAUUUCCGCUCAGUACAAGAUUGCUGUGGCCCUGCUUCAGGAAAUUGGGCGUCUGCAGAAGGUGCAAGGCCCCAGUGCAGUGAGUGCCAAGGAGGAAAUGGCAAGGCUGUCACGCCAUCUGGGUUCGCUAGCACUCCUUGCAAAGCACCGCAUAAAUUGCCUUCGAACUGCAAUAAAGAGGAACAUGGAUGUGCAAAACUAUGCCUAUGCUAAGGCUAUGCUCGAUCUCCUUCUUUCUAAAGCUCCACCGAACAAGCAAGAGGAACUGAGGAGUCUGAUUGAUAUAUGCAUACAGAGGGGGCUCACCAACAAGUCCAUUGACCCACAAGAAGAUCCCUCUCAAUUCUGUGCGGCUACUUUAAGUCGUUUGCCCACCAUUGGGCAUGAUGCGUGUGAGCUCUGUGGUUCGAAGUUUUCUGCCCUGUCAACACCCGGUUGCAUUAUUUGUGGUAUGGGCAGUAUCAAGAGGUCUGAUGCCAAUGCAGGGCCCAGCCCAUCACCAUUUGGGUGAUUGAUGAUAUUCCCUUGCCAAUAUGGUUUUUAUUCUCUCUUAUUACGAGUGAUCCUCAAUUUUGAAACAUGCUCCUACAAAAGCUUCAAAAUGGGCAGAGAUUCAUGGAGCAUCUGGACAUUGUGCUUACAUUCGAGGCUUCUUUUUUAAGUUGGGUGGAAUGCGGCGACAGGAAAUUUUUUUUAGAGUUGUUUUACAAUUCUUAAUGCAACAAAGCCCUUGCACUCAACUAUUUGAUGAUCUUGGGUGGAAGGCUUCACAGAAAUCAAUGAGCAGGUGCGAAGGCUGCCUUGCAGCUGGAACUAUCUUGUUAAUUUAGGAGAAUUAGUUUGAGUGGUACAUUUGCUUGUAUUGACUGUUGUGCACUAUGUAUUGAUGAAUGUAAGUUCAAAUUUUUUUUUUUUAA